ACUGCUGUUAUACGUUGUCAGAAAUAUUGCCUGGUUUUUCUUAGCCCAUCUUAUAAUUGAUUUCAUCGGAUCUCUAGGCCUUCUACAUUCGCUGGAGAAUAUUCAAUUCAAAAUCAAUUAUGGCGACAGUGCAAGGUUUAUUGUCAAACGGGAACCAAGCUUUAGAAGAUGGAAAGUUACAAGAGGCAAUUGAUUUUUAUUCUAAGGGAAUUGAGCAAGAUACUUCAAAAGCAAAGUCCCAUCUUCUAUAUGAAGGUAGAUCCCAUGCUUAUACGGAUAAUAAGGAAUAUACUAAAGCCAAGGAUGAUGCAAUUGAAGUGAUCAAAUUAAAGCCAGAAUGGGGAAUGGGUUACUACAGAAAAGGCAUUGCACUUGAGGGACUUGAGAAUUAUGCAGAAGCAAUGGAAGCGUAUGAUGAGGGGUUGAAACAGGACUCGAUGAAUGAAGACUUGAAAACGGCAAGCAAAGAAUGCAGUGCAAAGUUAGCUAAUAUUCUACCAAAUCCCUUUUCGGAACUCAAAGAAAUUGUCUCGGAGUUGAAAGCCCACAAGGACACCAAAGAUUAUUUUAAGCACUCAUGGUAUGAAGAAAUGCUCAAGGACUUGAGUGAGAAUCCAAGAAAACUUACAGAGUAUGUUCAAAAGCCUGAGAUGCAAAAAACACUAAGUGCUUUGCUUGGGUUUGAUUUGAUGGCGGAAAAUGAUGAGAAUACACCUGGACCAAGUGGCUUGGCUAUAGCUGGAACAUCACAGUAAAGAAUCUAUAAGUACUGCUGUGACUUAGUGACUAAUUAUGUCAAUAUAUUCUUCAAUAUCCGCUGUAUAUUUCUUAUUAUCUGUAAAAUGUGCUCUUAACUUUUCUAAACUUUUACCACUUUUUUUAGUUCACACAAUAAGUUCAAGAAGGUUUAUAUUUCGUGCACUUUUUAUUCAAGUUUUUUUCUUCACUUGGUGUGUAACACUUUUUCUGUGAUUAAGGUUAUGGAUUUAGUAUAUGUUGUAUGCCUAUGCAUUAAUUGUCAUAUUUCAUGCAACCGUGAUUUGAUUCCUGUAUUGAUGUCCUUCUUCCAACAGAUUUUGUUUGUUGUGAAUUUAAAAUUUGUUAAAUAAAUAAAUUCGAAAUGCAAA